AUGGCGACAAGACAGGAGCGCAUGCGAGACCGCAUGCGCGGGGCAGGGAGACAUAAUGUUGGAGACAUUGACUUUGGCUUCAUCAUUCCCGUCGCCGAAGAGCCCGUCGACGAACCCGAAGAACCUCCAGUCGUCGAACCGUCGCCGCUACCACCACUAGCAACUCGCCUGUCCCUAAACACAUCUGCCAAACGAAAACAGCUCGAUCGAGAUGUAUCGCGACUGAGCCAAACCCCAACAAGCUAUCCAACAACCAGCCACGAUGUCUACAGCAUACCCGACGCCAGCACCGAAGCAGGCGACGAGACUGCCACCCACGCCGCGCCCGAAGACCACCCCAUGGCCGACGCCCCUCCCCUCACCACCAUCACCACCACCACCAAACCACCACCACCACCACCACACCACCUCCCCCAACAACGCGGCCCCCUCUCGAGCGUAAUCUCCGCCACGAAACGCCUCUCCUUCGACCCCUCCUCCCCACCCCCCCGAAACACCACCACCACAAACACCACCCCCACCGCCACCCGCCACCUCCACCACCAUCACCUCCCCACCGACAUGGAAAUCACCACCGAAAUGGAAGUGACCGAAAGCCCCGCCGACGCCCCCGGCAGCGGCCGACGCCGCCCGCUGCGUGUCGGCCCGGGGACGCCGCUCGCCGGGUCCAGCGCGCUGCUGCAGCGGGUGAUGGAGGAGGAGGAUCUGGAUGCGGAGGGGGAUGCGAGUAUGGGGUUGGAUGUGUCGCGUGGGAGUGGCGGGGUGGAGAAUUCGUCGCCUACUCACCGGAGGGUGGCGAGGAGGGGGAGGGGGAGGGCUGUGUUGGGGGGCUGGGGGAGGGUGGUGGGGAGUGUUGCGGAGAGUGUUGCUGAGAGUGAGGUCGAGUUGGGGGUGGAGGAUGAUGUGGAAGAGGUGGAUGUGAAGGAGGGAGAGGAAGAGGUGGAAGAAGGUGUGGAAGAAGUGGGAGAGGAAGUGGAGGAGGUGGAAGAGGAGGUGAUAGAGGAGUCGACUGUCCAGCUUGAAGACGGCCAAACAAGUGCGGAUGAGGUGCAAACGGUGGCAGAGCAAGAGGUGGAGGAAGCGCAAGAGGUUGGCGAGGAGGAAGCUGCCCAGCGACUGGGCAGAAAACGUCCCUGCCGGAGCCCACGCGCGCCUUCACCAGAGCUGGGGUCGGGUGCGGCGGAGGAUUUGCCGGCGCCAAAGCGACGUCGCGGAAGGCCGGGAGCGAGCCCUGCCCAGCAGCAACAACCUGCUAAGAAACCACGGGCCCCCGGCUCGGGCUCGGGCUCAGCCGAGACCGAAGCCGAAGCCGAAGCCGGAAAGCAAAGAAACAAGCAAGGAAGAACAAGGCGGCCGCCAACGGGCGACGACGACAGUGACGGCGAAAGGCCGUCUGGAUCUGUACCCAGUCACCGUACAACGGUUCAGCAAGCCACCACGCACUGCAGAGGAAGGGGGCGAACCGGGCUCGACUCCUCCUCCAAUGGUGAAAUACCAUUUACUAGUCGUGGGCGGUGUUCAAUGGCGGUUGGAUGUCCUCUCUUAAGCUUCUGGCGAGGGAGCUUCAUCGAGGCAUAUAUGGGACCAAGCUUGCCAAGAGCGGCGGCAGAGCAGCUGAAGGACGCCGGCCACGAAGGGCGGGGAACAAAAGACGAUGUACCGGGCUCUGGAAGCAUUCCAGGAGGAGCUGAGGACCAGGUUGUUGGAACACACCAUUGCCCUCGACACUCUCCAUUCCCUCCGGAAGAGGGUGCGCUCGGCGCAAAAGGAGAAGCUCACGCUGCGGGACGAAAUCCUCCAGAUCCGCGCGGAAAGGGAGCAGGUAGCGCUGCGGAUGGAUGCGAUACGUAUCCGGCAUGA